AGCUAAUUGGGCUUUUAGGGUUUCUUCUGUCGUUAGAAGCUCUCCGUGGUUUUCGCUUCGUGUCGCUGAUCUUUUACUCAUCUCCAAAGCCAUGACUGCUCAGACUCAGGAAGAGCUUCUCGCCGCUCAUCUGGAGGAGCAAAAAAUUAAUUCUGAUGAACCUGUGAUUGAGGUUGAGGACGGUGAUGAUGACGAUGAAGAAGAUGAUGACAAAGACGAGGAUGAUGCAGAAGGGCAUGGAGAGGCCAGUGGCAGGUCUAAGCAAAGCAGAAGCGAAAAAAAAAGUCGCAAAGCAAUGCUGAAACUUGGAAUGAAGCCGAUCCUCGGUGUGAGCCGUGUCACAGUCAAGAAGAGCAAGAAUAUUCUUUUUGUCAUUUCAAAACCAGAUGUCUUCAAGAGCCCCAAUUCCGACACCUACGUUAUUUUCGGGGAAGCAAAGAUCGAAGAUUUGAGCUCCCAACUACAGACCCAGGCUGCAGAGCAGUUCAAGGCUCCUAAUUUGAGUAACUUAACAACAAAGCUUGAGCCAGCAACUGUUGCUGCUCAAGACGACGAAGUAGUCGAUGAGACCGGGGUCGAACCCAAGGACGUCGAACUAGUGAUGACUCAAGCUGGGGUAUCAAGACCAAGGGCCGUGAAAGCACUCAAAGCAGCGGAUGGCGAUAUCGUGUCUGCUAUUAUGGAACUUACAAAUUAAUAAGGGCAGGCAGGAGGAGGAUGUUUCUAUAUGGAAUGUUGGAAUCUUUUUCCCCAAAUGUUUCACCUGCUGAAUUUGAAGUCGAGAAAUUUGAAUGUACCGUAAACUUUAUGUUAGUUUUUAUAUGUACCUUAUGCUGAUCAUUAGCCAGACUAUGGGGGGUUCUCGGGUAUUCAUGAAGCUAUACAAAAAUUAUUCGACAAUGAA